AUGCUUUUCUGUCUAUCUCAGCGACAAGCUUCCGAGCCUCCCAAUCCAGCCUCCUGUCUCGAUCACCCUCUCAUGGAUCUCUCAUCCCUCGAGGGCGCGCCGAUAGUUAAUCCAAAAUUCAUUGUUCCGCCAGAUACGACGACUCCUCGUAUUCGUACACAGUCGCGUGCUUCCAUUCAAUAUUUGUUCUCAAAACCUCUGCCACCGAGACCUGCUUCAACGGACCCUAUUUCGCCAAAACAGCAUCGUAGCGCACUACAGGACUGGCCACCCAACCUCUCCACAAUCGAUGGCAAUCUAAAGCGGGCUUCGGCCCGUAGACGUACGAGGCCUCCGCCGGACGCAGUGUCUCCUGACUGCGAUGCGCGUGGACGGGAGGUGCGCCCACGUAUAGAACACGUUCCACGUCCCCCCGUACGGCCACGGAGCUGUGUGCCCCUCACUUGGCUCGAAGAUGAAAAGAAAUGGAGGGUUGAAGAAAUAUAUAUGCCUUGCACACAUGACUCUCGGCCCCAAGAUGAUAUGGCGUCUUUUCGAUCGCCAGUCUCACCAAUUUCGCCCAUUUCACCAAUUACACCAUGGCAAGACAUGUUUCAACGUCUUGACGAGCAUAUUGAAUAUAAUAAUCGCCUUGCCCGGGAGAAUCUGCUGAGCCAGAUUCCGCACUACGAUGGACACAGAUUUAGUCAAACACGCGACACAGAUUUAGGAGAUGAUCGGGUUUCCAGAUGGGUCGCAACUGCUCGAAGAAUGCAUGAGAAUCGGCAGAAUUGGAUGUGA